AUGCACAGAAGGAUUGCAGAAUUAAACACCGAAGAUGAGAUCCUGAAAGCUGCUGUUAUGAAAUAUGGUAAGAACCAGUGGGCUCGAAUAUCUUCUUGUUCGCAAAUCUACCAAGCAAUGCAAAGCUGGCUGACUGAAUGGACAAGAGAAGAGGACGAAAAGAAGCUCCUUGAUGCAGCCUGUGUGAAAGAUGAGAACUAUGAGCCUGGUGAUGAUCCUCGGAAAUUGCGUCUUGGGGAGAUUGAUACAAACCCUGAGUCAAAACCUGCUCACCCUGAUCCUGUUGAUAUGGAUGAAGAUGAAAAGGAGAUGCUUUCUGAAGCACGACCCCGGCAGCGGAAGAGAAAAAGGAAAGGAAUAGACUAUAAUGCAGAAAUUCCAUUUGAGAAAAGGCCUCCUCCAGGGUUUUUGGAUCUUACAGAUGAAGAUAGACCGGUGGAACAGCCCCAGUUCCCUACUACAAUUGAAGAACUUGGAGGGAAAAGGAGGGUUGAUAUUGAGGCACAGUUAAGAAAGCAGGACAUUGCAAAAAAUAAAAUUGCACAAAGGCAAGAUGCCCCAUCUGCCAAUCUGCCAUAUUGCAUGCCAACAAGUUGA